ACGGCCUGUAUGUGACUUGUUUUCUCAAAAUUGUAAUUCAUCCAUAUCUUGAUUUUAUUAUCAUUCUUAACAUUUCUUUCAUUUGUAUUCUUCCUCUUUCUAAAAUGUGUUUCCAUAAUAAUAUUUUUUAAAGAAAGAAAAGACAAUCGAGCCAGUCUUUGUUUAGACAAUAAGGAUUUGAUCAAUUAUAUUCUUCCAAACAACAGGCGUCGCUGCUCAUUCCUGCGUUCGCCUUUCCACCGCGAGAUGAACCGUCUCGCUCGCCGUCGACAGUUUGACUAAACUUUAUUGGCAUCGACGAAUUUAGAUAACAUGUCAAACAUGGGGGCACGGGUCGUGCGUAUGUUCCGAAAUUUCAACCUGGAGAACCGCGUGCACCGAGAAAUCUCCAAGGAAAAGCCGCGAACGGCACCCCGACACGAGGUCCGGCUUCCGCCCUCCGUUGGCAGUUCUGAAGAUUUGGAGAAGGCAGUGACGCAGAAGAACGACCCUCUGCUGGCCCUCCUGAAGUCUGUGUAUGUGGAGUCGAAAGAUCCGGCAGCAGCAGAGGACUCAAAGGGCGUUGCAGCGUACGAGGAGUCGGAGCGGAGGCCGCUGACGUUCAGUUUACCGGGGGCACCUUACGGCCUGGGGGCGCUCACAGAUGUCCCGAAAGGCAAGCUGACCAUCGUGGAGGCCCUGAACGCCCUCGGCAGCCACCAGCAUCAGCCUCAGACGUGGACGACGGCGAAGAUCGCUCAGGAAUAUGCUCUGGAUUUGAAGGACACCAAAGCUUUUCUGGAGUUCUUCAUCCCCUUCCAGGUUGAGAUCAUUCCGCCCAAGACUGAAAAUGCCAAGCGGAUAAAGGCGUCGUAGGACUGGAUUGUGGGCGGACAAAAUACGAGCCGACUUAUUUAUGUGCGUCGCGAGAGCGACCGUCUGUAACUGCUUGAGUUUCUCACGCCUCAAGUUUGUACCCAAUGUAGAGUGAUCUAAUAUGUAGGUGGGAUACUGUAUGUCUAUGGGUGAUCAAUAAAUAAGUACCAAUA